UUUCUCAAAAUCAUUUUUUAUAUUGCAGUUGUGGACCGCAAUUUAGAACCAUGGUUUCUUAUGUUGGUUAUGAUUUUGAACUUGAACAUUCUUGAAUAUUAUUUUCUUUUGCUUUGUAGCAUUUUCCAAUCUUGUUCAGAACAUAACAAAUUUCAGAUUAGUAAAUUUAAGAAGAAAAGAUGACAUUUAAGAAAGACUUUAAACAACAAAUGGUACCUGAGUGGGAGAAAGAGUACAUGGACUAUGAAUGCCUCAAGAAAAUAUUGAAAGAAGUCAAAAGCAGCAAGAAAGCUAAAGACAGAGACAAUAAGCACUUGCAGCACAAAUUCAGCCUUGAAAGAGCAUUCAGUGGAAUACAUUUGCAGCAUGGUAGCAAUCAUCAAAAUGAUGAAGGUAUUGGAGAGCAGGUUAUAGAAGUUAAGACAUUAGAGAUAGAUGUAGAUGGUUCCAAAGAGUUAUUUGAGACCAAGUUGAAUGAAGAAAGAGGAGAAGCUGAGGCAAGGUUCCUUCAGAAGCUUGAUGAAGAGCUUAACAAGGUUAAUGCCUUUUAUAAGGAACAGGUGGAGGCAGUUAAGCAUGAAGCAACACUUUUGAGUAAACAAGUUGAGACUCUAGUUGCAUUAAGGGUAAAGGUUAAAAACCUUGAUCCAGGAUUGCAGCAGAUUCGUUUGUCAGGUGAAGAUAACAUGUAUCAAAAUCAUCGGCAGAAAGACCCUACGGUGGACAGUGAAGUUGAUCCUGUUCAACAAACUAAUAGAAGUACUCAUCAUGAAGAGGAAGCACAUAGUAAUUACAACAGAAGAGACCCUAUGGAAAUCCUUGAGCAUGUAAAGAUUGAUGAUGCUCUUCAAUCUCCAAUAUCAACAGUUAAAAAUGUUUUUACAGAUUCCAAUGAUAAUAAUCAGUUAAGUUUCAAUAAAGAAGAGCUGAAAAAAGUUGAAAAACAACUUAGACUUGUGUUUGUUGAGUUCUAUCAGAAACUCCUCCAUCUCAAAGAUUACAGUUUUAUGAAUCUCUCAGCAUUUUCCAAGAUCAUGAAGAAGUAUGAAAAGAAUGCAUCAAGAGGAGCUUCAAGAGAAUACAUGAGAGUGGUGGACAACUCCUAUCUUGGCACUUCUGAUGAGGUAAAUUUUCUUUUGGAGAAAGUGGAAUCUACCUUCAUCAGAAACUUUUCACAUUCAAAUCACAAGAAGGGAAGGAAAUUGUUAAGGCCAAAAAUGAAAAGAGAAAGGAACAGGAUAACAUUUUUUACAGGUUUCUUUUCUGGUUGCUUAGUUUCUCUAAUAGCUGCUACAAUAUUAAGAAUAGUAUCUCAACAAUUAAUGGAGAAAAAAGUUGGAACAUUUUACAUGGAAAACAUUUUCCCAUUAUACAGUCUAUUUGGAUAUAUCACUCUACAUAUGCUAAUGUAUGCCGCAAACACAUAUUUUUGGAGGCGAUAUCGGAUCAACUAUCCAUUCCUAUUCGGCAUCAGACCUGGAACUGAAUUGGAUCAUAGAGAAGUGUUCCUUCUCACAACAGGUCAUGCAGUGGUUGCAGUACUAUGUUUCUUGAUAAAUUUGCAGCUGGAGAUGAACCAACCGAAUAGAAGCUAUAAGACAGCCGCUGAACUUGUUCCUCUGAGCUUAAUUGUUCUUGUUAUUUUGAUCACCUUUUGCCCAUUCAACAUCAUAUACCGGUCAAGUCGUUUCUUCUUUAUCCGGAGUUUAUUCCGCUGCAUAUGUGCUCCAUUUUUCACGGUUACACUUAUGGAUUUCUUCUUGGCUGAUCAGCUUACCAGUCAGUUUCAAUCCUUCAGAAGUUUCGUGCUUUACAUAUGCUAUUAUGGCCUUGGAGAACACUCAAGGAGGGAAAACAAAUGUAGAAGCCGUGGUAUCUAUAAUGUACAGUAUUUCGUUGUUGGCGUCAUUCCUUAUUGGUUUCGCUUGGCACAGUGUAUGCGUCAAUUGUAUGAUGAGAGAGAUAUCGACCACGCAAUCAAUGGUUCAAAGUAUCUAUCCACUAUUAUUGCAAUGGUGAUUAGGACUACCUUUGAAACAAAGAAGGCAAUGACAUGGAAAGUGUGGGCACUUAUAAGUUCAGCUGUUGCAAUACUUCUCAACAUAUAUUGGGACAUUGUCAAGGAUUGGAGUCUUUUGCAAAGGCAUUCAAAGAAUCCUUAUUUGAGGGAUAAACUCAUUGUUUCUCACAAGAGUGUUUACUACAUAGCCAUGGUUCUGAAUAUUGUGCUAAGAAUUUCAUGGAUGCAGUUGGUGCUUGAACUGCAUUGGAAGCCCCUACAUAGAGUUGCAAUCAUUACGUUGAUUUCGUGUCUUGAAAUUAUUCGCCGUGGCAUUUGGAACUUUUUUAGGUUGGAGAAUGAGCACUUGAACAAUGUUGGAAACUACCGUGCAUUCAAGUCAGUCCCUCAUCCUUUCAGUUACCAUGAUGAUGAUGGAAAUGACAAAGAUGAAUAGUGGUAUCCUGGUUCUAUGCAAGAUUGUAUUGUAGCAUAUAGAAUUCAAAUUUCAAAUCAAAAAGUAUACAUUGAUUGCGAAUUUCGGAUGUGAAGCGUAAGAAACUAGAAUGUGCACAUGAUAAAUUCAAUUGUCAGGUUGAAUUUAAGAAAAAUAAGUAACAUUUUGCAGGAUCAA